UGGGAUUGUGAGUUUGUAUGUAAAAAAGCCUGUGGUUGUGAGAGACAGGUUGUUCUUUGAUUACACUGAAGAAAACCCAAGUGCGGUUUUUUGUUUCGAUAAGAAGAAGAGAUCGUUUAGUGUUCCUGUUGGUCAUAAUGUUCAUGUCUCUUUAGUGCUUUGGAUGCCUGAAUCCGAAAUUAAUCGAAGAAUUGGGGUAUUUCAGUUGAAGGUAGAGCUUUUAUCAUUGAAAGGCGAGGCAAUAGCGAGAUCGAGCCAACCUUGUAUGUUACGGUUCAGAAGCAAACCUAUAAGACUUGCACGUACAUUUGUUAUGGGUGUUCCACUUGUAGCUGGAAUAGCGAACGAAGCACAAACAAUGAGAAUCGAUGCGUUAAAACACCAAGAGAAAUGGCCCCGAACAAAAGCCGUGAGAGCCACUCUGAUUCCACGUGCACAAACCCGGACAUUGCCUCAGCUAUACGAAGCUGAGAUCUUUAUAAACUCGAAACCGCCAUGGAUCAAACGAAUGGCUUAUAACUGGAAAUGGACUCUUUGCGUAUGGACUUCAAUGUAUCUUUACCUCGCUAUUUUAACCGCGUUUCUAUGGUGUUUUAGACCAGUUUUGUUCCCUUACACUGCCUCAAGAACCAUCGAGGAGAGCGAAACCUCAGUGAUCGAAGUAGUUGAAGAAAAAGAAGAAGAAGUAAUGGACAGAAGACGGAGGGAAAGAAGAAACCAGCCUCGUCGAAGAAGUAUUGCUGCGACACAGAAAACUUAUACAUAGUUAACAAGAUAUACUUUGUAUUCAAAUUUAUGCUAUGUAAUACACCGCCAAUAGUAAUAACAAGAACCAAAAAAGAAUUGUGAAUACAUUAACUUUACGGCUUGAUGUA